AUGUCGGAAACUAUAGGCGGUACAAUACAUGGUAGAACAGCUCAAAAUCAAGGCACCUGCAAAAGUCCGCAUAGUAAAGCUAAUGAGGGUGGUGUUCGGGGUCGAAAGAUAAUUCUUUGCUUUGAUGGCACAGAUGGCACAUUUGGUCCCAAGCCAUUUUCUAACGUCCUCAAGAUAUAUCGGAUGUUAGACAGCAGUGAUGAAAGAAAGCAGCUUUGUUACUAUCAACCGGGCAUCGGAACUGCAAUGACCUUUGAUUCGAACCUCAACUACAAUCGGAAAGUGACCUUUACGAAAGCUAGAAACUUUGUGGAUUCCCUAUUUGCUUUUUCAAUGACAAAUCAUGUCUGCUCGGCCUACAUCUUUCUUAUGAAGUUUUACAGAAGAGGAGAUGAGAUAUACAUGUUUGGAUUCAGUAGGGGAGCAUUCGUGGCAAGAAUUUUGGCUGGAAUGAUCGAGAGAGUAGGUUUACUUAAUGAGGGACUAGAAGAUAUUAUCUCAACCGCUUGGCAAAUAUAUGAGAAAUGGGAAUAUGCUGCACAACCAAUUGAACCUGAUUACACUACUACCCUUGCUGAGGAAUUCAAGAAAACGUUUUCUCGCAGCUAUGAGAUUGUUAUAAGCUUUCAGGGCUUAUUUGACUCUGUCAACUCGGCUGGAUUUCUUCGCGAUAGGCACUUUCCAUUCACCGCUAGGAGUACAAUUGUGCGCCAUGUUCGACAUGCACUCAGUCUUGAUGAGCGUAGAGGCAAAUUUCAACAGCAGAAUUUCAUCCAAAGUCCCAAAGAUGGGGGUUUUUCUCCAUUUUGGCGCAACUUGAGCUACAGGCUUUCGAACUCUUCUUUCAAAAGUCUUCAAAUUUUCUCUAAGGCACCUCCGUCGCCAAAUUUACUUUCAAGAAACUCAAUGCAGACAUCGAACGGUAAUAGCCCUCAAAAUUCUUUCUUGAAAUCCAAAACUUCAAGUGUGCGUAACGAAGGCGAGGGCAGGCUAAAUGAUUCAAGCGCUGCGAAAUCUCUGACAUACACUCAAGAUUUCUGCAGAAGUUCCAUAAGCAGUGACUCAUUGUCUUCCGAUAUCAUUGAGAAGUGGUUUCCUGGAGAUCAUGCAGAUGUUGGUGGUGGUUGGAUACCUGAUUUUGAUACAAAGCAAUAUUUAUCAAACGUAUCCUUGCAGUGGAUACUUUCGGAAGCAAUCACAAACGGGGUUCUCUUUGAGAAAGGUGUUGUUAGAGAGUUUUCAGAUAAGUAUCCAGCUCUCAGCAGCUUUACGGCUCUUUCUCACGAUAUGCUGACUUUCAGAAGUAGAGGGGCAGUAGAGAGUAUGCCUGAGGUAUCAAAUCUACUCAACAGAUCUUUGAUCUCUCGCAUUCUCCGCCAAAUUUCUAAACUCAUCAAAAUGAAGGUCUCAUGGAUAUGCAGGAAAGGUCGUUGUUACAUCGAAAAGUGUAAUGAACUGCUAUAUCGCUCUUGUGACUUUGGUAGUUCUCAGACGUCCUUGGUUGACAGGGAAGCCCAGCGCGACGCAUCUCUUCCUAGCAAAGCAGGAUGUGGAGAUCAGCCGUUAUGGCAAGUAUUCGUAUGGUGGAUCGUGGAAUUAGUUCCCAUCAGACGUAAGAUACUGGGCAAAAACUGCAGGUGGAAAAAUGCUUAUGUUCCCAAUUAUGGUCGGCGCAGAGAAUUGCGAGACGAUGUUGAUCUUCACUGGUCAGUAUUGUGGAGAUUGCUUUAUUACCGGGAUUAUAGACCACCCAAUCUACCUCAAUAUGUCUUUGAUCUUCUUGUAGAGCUUGAUAAUUCGACUGAUUUAUCGCAAGAAAGGAAGGACAUCGUACGGGCGAUUAUGUCAAGUAGGUUUCGAAAGCCAUUGAUAGGAAGAUGCCCGCAGCGGGAUGACGUCAAAUACGAAAAAGUUGUUCACGAAGCUCGAGAAAUACUCCGACAAUGGAGUCAUUCUCCUACUCCAACUAUUCCUGACGAUUUAAGUGACCUUCUGCGAACGCGUUGCGACCUUUGA